CUCGAGUAAGUUUGGGUGCUAAAAAAGAGCGAGGGAUUAUAGAGAGUAGAGAGAGUCCAGAGUCAGAAGGCAGCAGCAAUGGCGGAACAAGGCCGGGCCUUUUUUUUCUUCUGGGUGAUCAAUAAUGGCGCAUGAUUGCGUCGUUGGAUUGGUGAUGGGAGUUUCCCGGCUUGGGAUGGGCUUCUUUCUAGGUAUUUGCCCACUUUGGCCUGGUUUUUCUACGUCUUACUGUACUGUAUUACAUGUAUGUGUUUUUGCGCUGGACGCUUUGACUGUUUGGUGUUUCUACUUCCUUGUUGUUUCUUUUUUAUUUUACUUGCUGAAGAAAUCAAUCUCCCAAGACGUUGCCAAGGCGAUUCGCCGGCCGUGCCCUCGAGACUUGGCGAUGCUAGGCGAUUUCUCACUUCUGCCUUUCUUCCACUCGUCACGUCACAUAGCCCACGCUUGGCCGGGAUUUGGACCAACUGACAGCGGGCGACUAACGUGGAAAAGAGCGCCAUUAACCGGCCCCAAGACGAGGCAAGGGAGAGAGAGGCCAAAAAAACGCACUGACGAUCUUGGCAAAGAAAAAGCCAUGACACUGGACUGGGUGAGAAAAGAAGCGAGAGGCAAGGGGGGGCUUAGGGACCUGUGUGAGUUGUUAUUGUUAGCCAGGAAAUUCAGUCAUGUAGGUCAGCAAACUGCCUGAUGGAGAGCCCUUUUCUGGUUCUGGGCCAUUUUGGCUACUACUUUUUACUUCAUUUCCGUAGGUGCAUGU